GUUCAUUUUUUACUGCUUGACAGAUUUUUCAACAAAGCACGAACGUAUACGAACAUAAAUAUCAGAUAAUAGGCCUGUAUAUGAUGGAAAGUACCUGUUGAAUAAAGCCAGCUUAUUCGUGCGAAAGUGGAAUUUUUUCUAAAGUAAAUUACGAUGGGGUGUUUUUGAUUUAUUGAAUUCUAGCUCGAGUGUUCUUCGUGUGCGUACAGAAAAUCAAAGAAGUGUAAUAAAUAACGUUGUGCUGGUAUCCUGAAAUUAUUUUGACAGAGCGGACGGAUUUGUGUUUGGAUUUUGAAAGGGUGAAUUUGCGAGCAAUUUCAUUUCAUCGUAUUACAACGCGUUAAUAUUUAAUGAAUAAAUUUACCUACGAUUGAAAUGAAAAUCGACGUUCAUCUAGAUGAAGCAUUGUGUCCCUAGAGUGUAAACUGAAUUAUGCCUAAGCAAAGCAUCGAAAAAGUAUCCAUACUCCAGACUCUGAAUUUUCAUUCGAGUGAUGUGACGUCUUGUCAUUUUGAUGAACAUUUCCGCCUUGUUUCCGGCUCCAGCGAUAAAAAAGUCGUCGUUUGCGAAUGGAAGCCAGAGCAAGGAUACGUCGAAGUUUCCUAUUCUCCUAUAACCGAAUAUAAAUACGGUGUGACUAAAGUCGAAUUCAUUCCUGAAGAAAAUGAACUCAUAACUUCGUCGUUAGAUGGAAGUAUUUCCAUAUUUAAUUGCGAAGAUGGAGAAUUAUUGCAUAUUUUGAUGCAUGUUAAUCUGGCCAGCGUACGUACGUUUUGCUACAUUAGUGAAAAUAAACAUUUACUUUCGGCCGGAGAAGAUGGAUCGAUUUGUGUUUGGAAUCUUACCAGAAAAACUCUCAAAAAAUCUGCUCAAAUACACGACGAAACCAUAUCAACAGCUUGUAUAUCAGCUGAUUCUAAAAUUGUGUUAACCGGCGAUUCGACUGGAUUCGUUAAACUUUGGCAUGUGUCGAAGUUCUUAGAAAGUGAAAAUUCCAACGAAUCUUUAACUCCAGAUCAAUGCAUUUGUGAUUGUCAUGAUUUAGGUAUUAAUCAUGCUGAUUUUUCUCCAUCGAUGAACAUAUCAGAUAAAGGCAAAGAAUACAAAGUAGUUACCGGAGGAAACGAUAAUUUAGUUAAAAUUUGGAACAUAACGUUUAAAAAAUACAACGAAACGUUGGGACGAUGCGAUUACGAGUUACUUUUCAGCAUCGUUGGGCACGCUUCUGCUGUUACCUUCGUCAAAUUUGACUUCGCCGGUAACAUGGUGGCUUCUACGUCGUUGGAUAAAACAACUCGUUUAUGGACGUUCGAAGAUGGAAAUUACCAAUGUUUACAAGUUCUAAAAGGACAUAAACGUUACGUUACCACUUGUUGUUUUUCGUCCGAUGGAUCUCUGUUGGCUACAGGAUCAAAUGAUAAAACUGUGAUUGUUUGGGAUCUCACUGGAGAACGGUCUAUGAAGACACAUCUCCGAAAAAAAGAGCAUUUAUACAUCAACCAGCCUAGCAGUCCAUUUAAGCAGAAAAAUGUCUCGAGAAUAUACCAAAAAAUCGAAAAUUUGGGAAACGCUGUGAAUUCUUGCGCUUUUUCGAAAGACGAUUUCCUAGCUUCUGGAGGAACUGAUAAACUCGUUCGGCUAUGGCAUCGUUCUUCCAACAGCAACAAUAAAUUCGUCGAAUUUGCGGUUUCUCCUUUAAACUUUCAUCAGUACGCUGUAAAUCAAGUAGACUUCAGCCUAUGUGGAACAUUGCUAGCUUCUUGCUCCGUCGAUGGAACUACUGUUCUGUGGAACAUCACCGAAUAUUCUCAAAUUGGAGCUGUUCAUAAUGUCGAAGGAGGCGUCAAAUGUUGUAAAUUCUCACCAGAUUCUCGUCUAUUAGCCACCGCUGGAGAUAACGAAGUAGUUUGCAUUUGGGGAGUGAAAGAUUUGCAGUUGAAAGCAAAUUUAACCGGCCAUACAGAUGCUGUAUCGUGUUUAGCAUUUUCAAAAGAUUCGAAAUACCUCGCUUCAGGGUGUUCGGGUGGUAAUUUAAGAUUAUGGUGUGUAACCCCGUGUACUACUAUUUGUCUGCUGUGCGAAGAUAACGUACACGAUUUAGGUUUCACCAGUAUGGAUUUCUGUCUGGCUGAUGAUCCUGAAAACGAGCAAAAAGAUCAAUAUUUACUGGUCACCGGAGGCAAUGACUCGUUAGUGAAGAUAUGGCAAAUCACUAUCGUUGAUGAACUUACAGCCAAAGCGAGCCAAAUUCAAGUAAUGAACGGACAUGGUGGUGAUAUAACUUGCGUUCGUUUUUCUCCAUCGUCGAGUCAUAUCGUAGCCUCUUCAGCGACCGAUAAAACUGCUCGAAUUUGGGAUUUGAGUGCGGGUGCUUGUUUACAAGUACUGGAUUCGAAAGAAUCUAUGUUGACGUGUUGUGCAUUUACCUUCGAUGGAAAUUUCAUCGCCACCGGUACUCUCGAUAAAACUAUCAUCGUAUGGGAUUUACGAAAGAAUACCGAUGAAUUUGAAACAUUCGCGAUGAACAGGUUGACUGCCAAACGUGAUUGUGUUGUCACUAAUGAAUUAGCUGAAAUUAAUCCUCACCUUAAUGAUCUCUCAUUAAACGCACUAGAUGAUUCAAACGAUACACCGCAUGAAUUUUUUUGCCCUAUCACACAUCAAAUUAUGGAAGAUCCAGUCAUUUGCGCAGAUGGAUACGCUUACGAAAGAUCAGCUAUAGAAUCGUGGUUCCAGUCAGGGAAAUUGACUAGUCCGAUGACUAACCAGUUACUGCCUUCAAUUAAAGUGAAACCAGAUAUUGCCUUGAAAGAGAAAAUCGUCGGUUAUUUAUCAUCGAGUUUGAGUUAGAUACUGGCUGACAUUUUGCUUUAAAUACUAUCGUACCAAAUAAUACUUUAUGAAUACUACAUAUUUUUACCAUUUUAUUCGUUGAGUUGUUUUAUGUACUAUUCAUUUUUAUAGAUUUGAUUUUAAGACAGUUUAUUAUUAUGAAUUUUUUCCCCUUCUCAAUUUCACCAACGUAUGUAUUACGAAUAGUUAAUUAUAACAUAUAGUCAACUUACACGUAUUUCUGCUCACUUUAGAGUACAUUUUUCACCACCGACUGUUUAAAGAGCUUAUUUGAAUUUUUAUUCGUGUAAUUAACUUAUGUAUUAUCGGACAUACCGUCUAGUUCAUUAUGUUGGUAAAAAAGAAAAUAUCAAAAAAAAAAUCAACGUUCAUUUUGAAAUAUUUAAUAAAAACGUUACAAAAUGAUGCAAUGUAUUUAUUCGUUAAUUCAUUUUUUUUAUACACAUACUAAGCUAAAAUUUAAAACUCGCAUGAAAAUCUGGUCGUUUCUAACAUUCAAACAUCACUAAACUGUUGGUAUUAGAAAAAAAAAACAGUUUUAGACUAGUCACGUAUUA